CGAGGCCGCUGACAGGAAGUGAAAUGUGCUGCUGUAGUUCCUCGAAAAGGUGGCUCCUUACACCUCCGCAUUUUCCACUGAGGAGCAGAAAGCAAAGCCGAAACCGUAAACAACGAGUCUGAAGUCAUGUGACUAUCAAUGCAAAGCAGGGAUUUGUAGAUUUUUUACUUCCGCCUCCGACAUCAGGUGAGCAGGACAUAGCAACGUGAUAUAAUAUGGGCGGAGAGCAGCCGCCUGAUCAGGUAGAAAGACGGAGAGUCCCUUCGCGAAGAUCACUGCCUUAAUAAAGGAACUGGAGGAAUACACGACUUUUCUGCGGAUUUGAACGGCCGUACAGUGGUGAAGAGCCUAUUAUGGAAAUGCAAGAGGAAAACCAAAGGCUGGAGGGCGGCCAGCUGAUUUCUGUCCCUCACAAGGACACAAUCCGUCUGCUGGAGGUGUACGUCAAGCGCAGCCUCAGCAUGAACGACGGCUUCCUGGGAGAUAAGAGGCCCAGCAAGAAGGAGAAGUGGGUGACCAUGGCAAAAAGACAUCGACGACAUUCCAGCGACCCGUCUCUUCACUUGGCCGAGGGGUUAAGCGACGAGGAAAUUGGUGUGUUUUCUGUGGUCGAACCUCCGAACAGUCUGCCCGAGACGUGUCCUGAAGAACCGGAAAAGCCCAAAAAGAAGAAGAAGAAGAAGAAGAAGAAGACAAAGAAACCCUCACUGUGGAAGAGUUUUGUUGGACUUUUCUCUCCGAAGAGCAGCAAGGACAAAGAGGAGGACAAAGAGGAGGACGAAGAGGACGACAGCCCGCCAGAUAUGUCCGAGCCGUCGGCACCCGCGACUCCGGUCACCUUACGGAAGAAAUCCAUGAAAAGGAAGUCCUUAAGAAGGAGGUUCUCAAAAAAACGGCUGUCUCUGAUAAAAAUAAAUAAACCCGGGAAAGAUCUCAACCCCGAUGACAUCACCGGAGUGGAAGCUGUCAUCAGUGUGGAGCCAACGUACUCUUAUUACGAGAAGGUGACAGAGGAACUGGAAAAAAUAGUCCACGAGGUCAAAGAUGAAGCCAAACCUCUUUCAGAUGAGGAAGUACUCGAAAGAAUCAUCGCUCUGACAAAGGAGCAGGGCGAUGCCAUAAAUGGCAAGCUGAGAGAAAACCCCACCCUGAGCAACUUCUUCCAGGGGAUGACGUACUCUUCCUUCCAGAAGCUGGCCGACGAUUACCUGCAGAAAGAGGCGCCUCCGAUCCACAAUCCUCCCACCGUGCUCCCGACAGCGCCCGAGCUGGUCAAACUGGCCUUCACGCUCGACUUCACGGCCAGGAUAGCCGGACUCUCCAGACAGAGCGUCGGCCACAUUACUGGUCUGGGGAACCGAUAUCUACAGGACCGGUUCAAAUACCGCCAGGCCUGCACAGAUCACCCGUGGUCCGACAGCGAUGACUGAGAUGACGGCGUGCAGAAACAAAGCUGCACAUGAUAUCUUUACUCUCAGCUCCACGGGUGUGGUUCAGAAUGUGGUGCAAGCAUGGCUUCCUCUUUACAAACUCUACAAACAAGGCACUACAUGAGGCAAGUUGUUAGCCGGGGAGCAGACACACAACUUGCUGCCGUUUUUGUUAGGUUUUUGCUAUUUUGUGAUUGAAUACUUCAGCUGCAAUGGCAUGUUUACUGAGCACACAGCCUGCUACGUUUGACUUUGUGUACUUAAGCGCUGACUUUCACAUGGAAGGUCAAGACAGAAGCUGAAACCUUAGUAAGCACUCUCCUAAAACAUGAUAUUGCAUUAAAAAAGCAAUAUUUCAGAAUCGCAACAAGUGGGUGGUUCUACAAGCAGCACUUUAAAUAUUACGCUCUUUUAUGCCAAAUUGAAUUGUGCACAUUGAUUUGUAACAUUACAGAAGAGCAGUGCAAUAGUCUUUAAUGUAUAUAAGCUAGAAAACUUUGUUAGUUUUUUAAAAAUGUGACUAUGUUUGUUAUUGUGAAUGCUGGCGUUCAUAUUACACACUCAGAUAAAAUAAAAAAACUAAUUAAUUUAA